AUGCGCACUCAAGCGAAGAAUAUCGACAAGUUCCUGGAGAACAUUCCUGACGAGAAGCUGCGCAACUUUGCCGACAGGCAGCACACAUUAUACGAAUGUUACAAUGCUGGGUUCAGGUUGGACCAUCAGGGGUUGAACGACGACCCCAACGAAAAGCCCUUUGUACAUCGAUUGUACGUUCAGCCCAUCGGAGGUAGUGGCACCAAGUCCAAGUCCAAACGCGCCAAGGCAAAUAAGAAGAAUGACUCCGUGACGGCUCGUUGCCAUGUGAGCAAUAAGGCUACACCCCAGGAGAUCCGCGAUGCACUUUUAGAGAGCUACUAUGGCAAAGGACUGGUCCUUGCUUACGCUCCCCCCAAAUGA